UGCACAAGGAACCAGGUGUCGCCCAUUUGCUUUAUCAGGACACGCCCCCCAGCAGAUUGGCCACAGCUGGGCCUCGGUUCACGUGCAGCCCAGCGAGCGGGCUGGGGAAGGUGAGUCACACCUGGACAGAGUCCCUUUUAUACCUCCACCACCCAGGCCGGGUCUGUCUUCUGCCACCUGACCUGCCAGCGGCUGUCUACACCGGCUGUGCCCGUCCAUCAUGGAGAAGGUCCUCGUCCUUCUGCUGGUUGCCCUCGCAGUGGCCUAUGCGGUGCCUGACCCUCGGGGAAUCAUUAUCCACCUGGAAGACGGCGAGCUCUGCCUGAACAGCCUUCAAUGCAAGAGCAAAUGCUGCCACCGUAGCACGGGGCUGAGCCUGGCCCGCUGCGCACCCAAGGCCAGUGAGAACAGCGAGUGUUCUGCCAAGACACUCUAUGGGGUUUACUACAAGUGUCCCUGUGAACGGGGCCUGACCUGUGAGGUUGACAAGACCAUCGUGGGCUCCAUCACCAAUACCAACUUUGGCUUCUGCCACGAUGUUGGACGCUCCCGGGAGUAAAACCACCGAAGGCUGCCCCUCUUCCACCACCCCUCCCUGGCUGGCCACCCCUUGGCCAGCACCUCCCUUUUCUGAUUGGAUUCUCAGCAAUUAAAGCUCUUCCUGCAACCUUCCCCAGGCUCCUGAAUGUUCUUGUUGAGUCAGCGUCUUCCUUGAUGUCACCUCAAGCCUUUGCCUCAUCAAGGUCAGAGGAAGUCAAUAGGUCAGAGGAAGGAGGGGUGGGUUGGGAGCCAGGCGGGAUGAGGCUGGAC